AUGGUUUCAUUGCAAGAUGAGCAGGUACCUAUAUCACACAACAUUUUCUGUCUUAUUGUUCACAUUGUUAAGGUACCAAUUGCAGUCCCCGUUACGCUCUUUGAAGCUAUAUGCUUAUGCAAAGGCACCAGGGUGAUUGCGUCCAAAGGAAAGGAAAUCACAAACUGGAAGUUGCAUCAGAUUUUUCUUUACUGCAGCUGUGGGAUAGUAGUUGGUACUUGGUAUGGUGGGUGGCCUACCCCUUUUUCUUGA